CGCUCGCACAUCCACGCACAAUUAUUUGUGGGACUUCCCUUCUUCGCCGGCCUACCGACGCCGAACUCCACAGCACUCCGCACUUCCGCAGUGACAUGCCAUUCUACCCCGCGCCCUGCCGCCGCCCAUCACCCUCCUCCUGCUCUCGCGCCUGAGACGGCGGCGACCGCGCGCUUGGCCGAGACCGGUACCCAUCCCGCCAUGGCCGCGAUUAGGGACCGGGGGGACGCCGCCAUUAAGCUCUUCGGCCGCACCAUCCCGCUCCUCCACGCCGCCGCCGCCGCCACCGAGGUUGUCACCAAGCUAAGAAUUGAUGAAAACAAGAAUGAUGCCGUGCCAUGUGUCUCAGACAAGCUCUUGAAUGUCAAAGAAACUCCUUUUUGUUCCAAGAAUAGUGAAGAUAAUGAUUUACAAGCUCUCAGCAGGCAUGGUGGGAUAAUGGGAACUGAUUCCAAAUCGGAGGACACUAAGACCGAGUCUGAUGAACUUGACCAAGACAAGGUACUCAAGAAACCUGAUAUAAUUGUGCCAUGCCCUCGCUGCAAUAGCAUGGAAACGAAGUUCUGCUACUUCAACAAUUACAAUGUCAGCCAGCCUAGGCACUACUGCAGGAAUUGUCAGAGGUAUUGGACAGCUGGUGGAAAUAUUAGGAAUGUCCCUGUAGGUUCUGGAAGACGCAGAAAUAAGCAUGCAUCUCACUUCCGGCAAGCUAUGAUGCGGCAUGACAAUAACAUUGCUGCCGCUGAAGAUGUUCCCAGUGUGAUUCACCAUCUACCACUUCCACUUGUAGCUCCUGUCCUCCCAGGACCGAUUAAAGAAAAUGAAACAGCAAAGGAAUUUGGAUCUGAAGUGCCAGUUUGUAAUUCUAUGGCUACAGUCCUUGAUAAUGGAGAACAGAAGGGUAUUCACCUUGUUCCCUUGGUCUCUGGUGAUAAUAAGGAAGAACAAUCAUGUGCAUCCUCUGCAGCAGUAUUGGGUUGCUCGGAAAAUAUGACGCUCGAUAGCAUAGUAAAAAAGGAGUCGGGCAAUGUGUCAGGAUACUGUAAUGGCAUGACAUUGCCUCAGUCUCAUGUUCAGUCUUACCCUAACGGGCCUGCUUUGGUGUUCCCUUGGAGUCCUGGAUGGAACAGUAUCGCUGUCAUGGCAGCUAGUCAGUGCUCAACAGAGCCUGUUCAUGGGUUGGAAAUUGCAAAGCACAGCCUGCUUUCAUGGGCGCCUCCAUCGAUGAUGACAGCUCCAGGAAUUUGUGCACCUGUUGUUCCCUUUCCUUUGAUGCCACCUUUCUGGAGCUGCCUUCCUGGCUGGCCUAAUGGAACAUGGAGUUCACCAUGGCCUGGAAGUAAUGGCUCUCCCAACAAAAUUACCUGUUCAGAGAACAAUUCUCCAACGCUUGGAAAGCAUUCAAGAGAAGUAGCAGACAUGCAGGAAGAAGAAAAGAGAGAAAACACCCUAUGGAUCCCUAAAACUCGUAGAAUUGAUGGGACAGCUGAGGCCACAAAGAGUUCGAUCUUGGAUACUCUCGGCAUCAAACAUGAUGAGAAUGGCCUGUUCAAGUCUUUCCAGCGGAAGGUUCCGAAAAAUGACAAGACACCGGAUUCUCCUCUGACCCUGCAGGCCAACCCAGCAGCGUUUUCACGAUCUCAGUCAUUCCAGGAGAGGACAUGAGAAUUUGAUGCUUUAUUUCCUACCGCCUCCAUCCGUCUAUCAACCACCUUCACCAGAGUGUUGUCCAAAGAAAGGAGAUUAUAUCACAGAAGAAUGGUCAGUGUUACUUGUUGGGCGUCAUCUUGAGUUUAUAUCUUGCUAGACGGCAAGUACUUCUACAGCCAACAUAAAGGCUUCCAGUGCUCUGAACUUAGUCAGAUGUUUCUGCUUCCUCAGGGAGUGUUUAUGUAAAUAUUAGGCGAGUUUGUCUAUAGACGUUUUCCUGGCACCGGUCAAGUUUGAGAAGUCACUGCACUGAGAUUUGAGAUGGUUCAUGAGCCGAAGAGGAAUCACCAUAGAUGGUUCAUGAGCCGAAGAGGAAUCACCAUACAUCUGCUGGAUCUCAAAAACGUGCUCCAUUUUUAGGAAGAUGUCACUCUGUCUGUAUGUAGCUAACAUGUCCUAAAGUUUAUGUAAUGGUUGUUAUGCUAACCUUCAAAUUCUUAGUCUGGGAACAGAAAUGGAAUCAGUUCAGUUUCGAUAUAAACAAAUUUGGAUAUAUUCUUUGGUGUGAAA